AUGAGGAUUGAGGAAGUUGCAUCCACCGCCAAGUCAUCGCGCGUGAGCCCCCAUACCCACAUCAAGGGCCUGGGCCUCACCCCUGCCGGCGAUGCGCUCCCCCUGGGCUCCGGCUUCGUGGGACAGGAGCAGGCCCGAGAGGCAUGCGGGCUGGUGGUCGAGAUGAUUAAACAGAGGAAGAUGGCGGGGCGCGCUCUGCUGCUGACGGGAGCCCCGGGCACUGGCAAGACGGCACUGGCACUGGGCAUCGCCCAGGAACUCGGGACCAAGGUGCCCUUCUGUCCCAUGGUAGGCUCAGAGGUGUACUCCGCCGAGGUCAAGAAGACCGAAGUGCUCAUGGAACACUUCAGGAGAGCCAUCGGACUGAGGAUAAAGGAGCGGAAAGAGGUGUACGAGGGGGAGGUGACUGAGAUGACCCCUGUUGAGACCGAGAACCAGGGCGGGGGCUAUGGCAAGGUGAUCAGCCACGUCAUCAUCGGGCUGAAGACAGUGAAGGGGACCAAGCAGCUGAAGCUGGACCCCACCAUCCACGACGCCCUGCAAAAGGAGCGCGUCUCCCCCGGCGACGUCAUCUACAUCGAGGCCAACAGCGGAUCCGUGAAGCGCGUCGGCCGGAGCGACGCCUAUGCCACCGAGUUUGAUUUGGAGGCAGAGGUCUACGUCCCCCUCCCAAAGGGCGAUGUGCACAAGAAGAAGGACCUGGUCCAGGAUGUUACGCUGCACGACCUGGACGCCGCCAACGCCAAGCCCCAGGGCGGGCAGGACAUCAUGUCCCUCAUGGGCCAGCUGCUGAAGCCCAAGAAGACGGAGAUCACGGACAAGCUGCGCCAGGAGGUGAACCGCGUGGUGAACAAGUAUAUAGACGAGGGCACCGCCGAGCUGGUUCCAGGGGUCCUCUUCGUCGAUGAGGUGCACAUGCUGGACAUAGAGUGCUUCACCUACCUCAACCGCGCGCUGGAGUCCAGCCUGGCCCCCAUCGUGGUGCUGGCCACCAACCGCGGCAUGUGUGCGGUGCGUGGCACCGACGUCUCCGCACCCCACGGCGUCCCCGUGGACCUCCUGGACCGGCUGGUCAUCGUCCGGACCCAGACCUACACGCCGGAGGAGAGCAUCCAGAUCCUGGCCAUCCGCGCUCAGGUGGAGGGUGUGGCGCUGGGCGAGGACGCGCUGGCCUUCCUGGCCGAGGUGGCGGAGGAGACCAGCCUGCGCCACGCGGCCCAGCUGCUGACGCCGGGCGCGGUGCUAGCGCGGAGCGCGGGGCGGGGGGAAGCGGCGCGGGGGGACCUGGAGGAGGCGCACGCGCUCUUCCAGGAUGCCAAGGCCUCGGCGCGCCAGCUCAGCGCGCAGGCCGACAAGUACAUGACUUGA